CUCUCCUCUCGCACUUUUGACACUACCUGUUGUUUACCUGAGAGUACGAGUGAGAGGUUGCUCUCGGAAAUGGAGGAAAAUUAACUAUUCGACGCACGAAACGAGCGUCGCAAUUAAAAUUCAGCGCCUCCGCCGCGACAAUUGCCAAUUUCGGACGCACCGAGAUCACAGAUUGCGAAAAAUAAAUAAAUAAAUUGGGACGCGAUGCCAACGAGCGAGGACCCUCCGCAGCAGUACCUCAGCGACAUGGAAAUUCUGAGUGCGCCGAGUCCGACCAAGCUGAGCGAAGGAGGACACAUGAGGAGACGCUACAAGGCCCACAGACUCUCUAAAAAGAGGAGCGUCCAUGACUAUUCGACCUACACGGACGACGGUGGUGAGAGCACCACCGAACUUCCUCAAUGGGCUUCACCGCAGAUCAACGUUUCAACUCCGAUCAAACAACGAUCAGUGUCCUUGACCACACUCAACAAUUCGCUCGGUCAGUUAUCGGCGAGCAGUUCUGCGCUGCUUCAGCCUCGAAUGGCGCAGUUGGAGACUUUGGAGGCCAAGAUGGCAAGUAUAGAAGUUUCCCUGAGCUCGACCUCCCUUACCCCGACGGGGACGGGGAUAAGAAGGACGAAAAGAAUGGCCCCCUCGCCCACCCCCCGUAUCGCACCUUCACCCGUUUCUAUGCUGAGUGUCCGGUCGUCCCCUUCGCAGCCCACUAGAAUCGAAGUAGUUUCAUCACCUAGAGAAAUUAUAGAGCCGAGUAGGAAUAAUAAUUCUUUGAGUGAUAAGGAAAAUGUGAUUCAAAGUUUGAAGAAUAAACUCGGUCCUGCGAGCAUAAACAGUUUGAGUAAAGGGAUGAAUUUAAGACUGGAAAGCAAAUCGCUCACCCCCGUGAGCCCCACCGAGAGAAAAAUCCUGGAAAACCGAGUGGCCAAAUUGAAACAAGAGAUCGAAGGCAAAAGAAUCGCUGUGAAAAACCUCAAAUCCACUUUGGAUCAGUUGGAUAUCACAGACAACAUAGACGUGCGGAUACGGCAAGCCGAGGUGGAAUUCCAGCUGGGCAGAGAAGAACUGAACCUGAUGUCGCUGACAGAGGAGCUGAGAAACGUGACCACCAGACUGGAAAUCGGAACCACGCAACCUGCCGCCGUCCAAAUAAUACCGCAGACCACCAACCACAUGACAUUAUUUGGCGUCGUGUCGGCGGCGAUUCCGAACCCACUGAGCAUGCAGGCGGUUCUUUUGCCCGUCACAAUUCUUUUCGACCCGUGCAACCCGGCUUUCGGCAUUUCGGAGCAAAUGAUUCCGCCGGGAAUUGCUGCCGUUGAGUGGGCUAAGGAGGAUUGCGGACUCAAACCUAAUGACAGGAUAAUUGAAGCAAAUGGGCAGCUGCUGAUAAAAAUGAAGCAGGACGCGUUCAACAACCUGCUGAAGUCCGGCAACAUCACUCAACUUCGCCUCGUCGUUCUGCGCUCCAGUCCGAUCGCGCCUCAACACAAACCUCCCGAGUCACCGGCGGACGAAUCAGAAUCCUAUAACGACGAGCCGGACAAAUUUCGAAAACCCAGCGUGGAGCGCGCGAAACAGGAACGCGACUUUCUGCGCGCGGAGAACCUGCGGCUGUCGCACCGGAUCUCCUACCUGGAGGAACAAGUGUCCGACCUGAUUUCGGAAACUCCGAAGCCACCGACGCCGAAUCAAGUUUUGAACCAGCAGCGCGGCAAAAAGGAAGUGCACGUUUUCCAGAAAGGAUCGCACACGACCAAAAUCGUGUCAAACGGCCGCGAGAUCUCCGUCCUGGCCAAGGGUCAGUCGCCGGACAGGCCGAGGAACCGGUGGCAGGAGGAGGACAGCGACAGCCGCAGCACGCGAUCCCUCGACGUAAACAAGUUCAAACCGGCGCCGCCCAAGAAGCCGCAACGGCUGAGCCUCCUCAGGGCCACCAGUCUGCAGCAGGGCAUCGACUCACCUGACCCGGUCGCCCCGAGGAAACCGUCCAAGCGGCCGCACAAGAAUGUGGUCGCCGUUCGCUCCGAGCCGUCCGUGCAGUGGGUCAAGGACCAUUCGGCCCCUUCGUCGUGUGUGUUGCCUACAGGGGCGCAGUACCACAACCAGCACAUGACCAACUUUGACGCCAGAGAAAACUGGUGCUGACCUUACAAUCAUCAUUCGUGUUCAGUUUUAUUAAUAAUUAUUACGGAGAACAUUAUUUGCUUCAAAAUGUGUUGUUUAUUCUUAGAUAUCUGAUUGAAAGUCUCCAAUUUUAAUUUCUGUUUGUUUAAAUUCACAAUCAAGGAACAGUUUUUUUUUCUAAAUUCACCAAGCAAAUUAAAAGAAAAAUCUAUACAAAAUCAAAUAUUUUUUAACAUGGCUAAUCAAGGAUCGAAGAAAAGUUUUGGCUCUAAAGAGUUAAAAAAUUAUAAAUUUUAUUUUUUAUUAUAAAAUCGAUUCCCAAAAAUUGAGAUCCUUUGCAGACCAUUCAUAUAAUAUAAUCAGUAAAUUAUUACCUUUUACUUAAAUAAAUAAAAUUUAAUGAAAAGAUUUUUUGUUUUUUUUAUUAAUAUUAGCAUCAAAAAAAGAAUUUCAAAAGUUAAAGCAGUUCGCCUUUUAAAAUAUAUACAGUCAGGUAUACUUUUGAUUUGAUUGCAUUUUUUAACAAAGUAUGAAUAUUUAUCAGUUUUAAAUUAGGUAAUGAAAAAAUUAAUUACAUAAACUGUUAUAUUGGAGACUUUCAACUCAACUCAUCCUAAAAAUACCGUCCAUUACAUAGUACCAUUAUUGCCCAGCUUCUUGCCAUUUUCAAGGGUGACUUAAUUUCUUAAAUCGUAUUAGGUGUUUGGAAUAAUUUAAUGUCUAUUUUCUCGUUGAAAAUUGAAAUUUUAUUUGCUCAUUAGAACUUCUUAAAUUUAAUUUGGUUGAAAUUAUUUAUUUUUUCCACAUCCUGCUUUUCUCAAAGAUGUAGGCGCAUUUAUUAUUAUUCAGUAUUAUUUGUGGGGCCAAAACCGCAAGAUGCUUUAUUUUGUUGUGAGAGAGAUUUAAAUCAAACCGUGAGUAAUUUUUGUAAUAUUAUUAAAGAAUUUUGUAAUUUAUCAAACGAGAUUGUUGUGUGUGGAAUUGGAUGUACAAAAUAAAAGCCGUUGAGAUUAUAUAACUCUUACAUCAAUUUUAUUACUGCUGAAGGGAAAAUUACAAUGGCCAUCAAGAUCACUGCGAAAUUACACCGAAAAGAAAUCAAAGCCGAUCAGAGCGCGAGGCGAAAUCAAUCAAAGCGACUUUUUAUGCGGUCAAAGGAUUAUAUACGAAGAAGAAGAAGAAGCACCUCGGUCGAUAAAUUCGCGAGCCGUCUGCCCAGGCGGUGGUUUUUGUUGUUUUGCAAAUACAGCGGCAAAGAACAGAGGAACCAGCGGCAGCUUUUAUUACAUUUUUUUUUAUCUCAAAACUGAACAUGGUGUGCAAUGACCAUUGUAGUUUUGCCAUUGGUAGGAGGGAAUAAUGAGUCUCUCAGUAAUUACAUUUUAUUUACGGCCAAAGCUCCUCUGUUCUUGGAUUAAUUUGAUUUUUCUUUGGAAAAAAUUAACUUUUGUGAAUAUGCGUGUGUGUUUGUGUGUUUUUAUAAUUUUGAUGUGACAGGAAUACAACCGUCACUUUUGCAUUGAGAGUUUUUUUUUCCUUUCUUUUGUUUAAAUUUAAUUAAAUACAUUCGUGUAUAGAAGAAGUACUUAUACUUGGAAAUCGUACAAAUCGAAAAAUCCAACAUCCACCAGUGAGUUUUGUGUGUAUAGUACUGAUCUUAAUUCCUUAGUACUUUGUGUGUGUGUGUUUACGUGUUUAUACAAAUAAGACACAACGAUAGUAUUAUUUUAUUUUGCCUGCCUGAAUCAAAACUAAUCUUAAUGUUUCCACACCGAUUUUAUUUUUGAUGCGGAUUUUUUUUUUUUAAAUUAAAUUUUAAGUGUUGAGUGUAUUUUUGAUUUUUUUUCUUCCAAAACACACUGACUUUUUUGCUAUGGUUAAUAAUUCCAAGGGCCCAUUUA